UAAUUCUUGUUUUAUUGUAAAUCUAGAUGCCUGACAGUAAUAUACAGUCCUAAAAAGUUUAAACAAAUUCCAAAAAAUUGUAUUGUGUGUGUUCAGAUUAGUUUAUUUAUGAAGGCAUAAGGCAAAAAUGUAAUAAGAAAAAAAUUAAAAUAAUUAAAAACAAAUUUGUUUGAGUGUCCAUCAUGGUAGCUGGACCUCCAUCAUCCAAUCGUGGACACCACAGCCAUGACCACAACAAAUCUAGACGGACAAGUCACAAUUUGGGCAAACUACAAGGACGAGAAUCAUUUUUGACAUCAACAAUCAGUAUUUUUGUCGAUGAAAAUCAACCCUUAAUCCCUGACGGAGGCUGGGGUUGGCUAGUAGUACUAGCAUCAUUAUUCAUCAAUCUAGUAUCCGAUGGUAUAACUUGUUGUUUCGGACUUUUAUAUAUAGAUUUCUUACAUGAGUUUGGGGCUUCGAAAUCGGCCACUUCGUGGAUUGGUAGUUUGUAUGUGGCAGUACCACUAGUUGGUGGUCCAAUUGGUAGUGCUUUAGUCGACAAAUACGGCUGCAAAAAAAUGACAAUAGUAGGUGCACUGAUAUCGACUUUUGGUUUUAUUCUCAGCACUUAUGCCAAAAACAUUGUAGUUAUGUAUAUAACUUUUGGGUUCUUGGGAGGCAUAGGUUUGGCAUUGUGUUACGUCACAGCAGUGGUAGCUAUAGCUUUUUGGUUUGACCAAAAACGUACUUUAGCUUUGGGAUUGGCUGCUGCUGGAUGCGGUUUCGGCACUGUUAUUUAUUCUCCAUUAAUUACUAUAUUGUCGCUAGAAUAUAGCUGGCGAGGUACUGUGCUGAUUUUAGCUGGAUUGUUUGCUAAUAUGAUUGUUUGUGGAUUGUUGCAGAGAGAUCCUGAUUGGAUUAUUAAACAGGAGAAAGAUAGAUUGGCCCAAGAGAAAAAACAAAAAGAUGAACAAAAACAAAUAAAACACAAAAAAAUCGAUGAAUCCAAAUAUGUUAUCGAUAACAUAAAAACCAAAGUCGAUAUCAAGCAAAAAGAUAGAUUUCACUCUGUAGUACAUUUGCCGACUUACAUAGGCGAUCAUAAGGAGGUGCCAUUGGAAGUCUUGAAAAAUUUAACCAACGACAAACAUUUAUACAAAGUAAUUUUGGAAAACUACCCCAAUUUGCUUUCCAGCCAAAGUCACUCGGAUACAGGUCCGGAUAAAUUGGCGGCCGAAGCCUCUCUAGUCAAUACAAGAGUACCUGUUAAAUAUUCCAUGAAAGUAACCCCCUCUAAACAUGCUACAUUUAUCCCUCUUACCAAAAGCGACUCUGGUAAAUCAAAGCAGCAAUCGAAUGGGCACUUGCAGCACGGAUAUUUGGCAAAUAUUAAAUUGAAAAAAGAAUCAUUCGAGGUUGAUAAAGCGUUAUUGUUGAACAUGCACAAAUAUAAAAUAAGCUCUAGUUUACCCGAAGGAAUUUGGCAAAAUCAAGUUGAUAUUCCAAAAGAAGAAAAUAAUCAAAAAUGGUAUCAUAAUUUCAUUGAAGCAUUUGGAGACAUUAUAGAUUUUUCCUUAUUUUUUCAACUUCAUUUUUUCCUAGUCAGUAUAGCUACUAUAUUAAUGUGCAUUUGGUUCGCGGUACCUUUUGUAUAUUUAGCUGACCACAUGAAAACUAUUGGCUAUGACGAUUAUGCCACUUCCUUAACAAUUUCUGUAAUUGGUGCAACAAAUGUAGUAGGAAUGAUCAUAAUUGGAUUUCUAGGAACCAAAAUGAAAGUAGUUACUUUAUAUGCAGCCUGUUUAUUUUUAUCAGGCAUUUGCUGUGCAGCAAUGAUGCUGUUUUCGAGCAGUUUCUACAUUCUGCUGGUUUCCAGCGGCGCUUUUGGACUGUUUUACGCUUGUCAGCAUUCGCUGACACCGGCAGUUAUAGCUUUGCUCGUGCCACUGGAUAGAUUCAGUAUGGCUUACGGGUUGAGUUUGUUGUGCCAGGGUAUUGGGAAAUUGACUGGACCACCUUUGGCAGGAUAUCUUUAUGAUAUAACCCAAUCCUACAGCCAGUCAUUCUACCAAGCAGCAGUUUGGAUAUUUGUUGCUGGUCUACUUAUAGGCGUUAUACCGUACACAAAAGACAGAAAAUUGUUCGGUAGGUGACAAAAACUAGUGUAUAGUUUGGUUGUAUUAUUUUCAAUUUUUUGUAAUAUAGAUAAAUGUUACUGUAGUAGAAUUAUUUUUAUUAAAAAACAAUAAUUUUCAAUACUAAAACAUUAUUUGGAAUGAAGAGAAAAACACUACAUAAAACUCUAUACAUUAAAAACACAGAUCAUGUUUGCACAACGCUUCAAUAACAAUCCAUACUAUUAAUAUCCACUAUAUUAUACUCUUUCAAAAUAUCAUCCAACAAUGAAUCAAAUUCAUUAAGACCAUUGAGACUUUUAUUCUCCUCUGUGGCAGGCAAAUUAACACUUGCAUCAUAUAUAAACUUCACAAACUCCGAAGGAGCCAAAUACUGCCGUUUCUGCAUUUGACUAUUGGUGUUUUGCAUCUGAUCUUUGGGAUUGUAAAUUUGUUCCAGAAACGACAUAUCAUUACCAUUUAGUAGAUCAUCAAGUACCAAAUCUGCUCUAACAGAAUCAUAA